ACCUAACCCCGCCACUGAUGGUCACCGUCUUCUUCUGUUCAACGAACAGAGCAUGUUAUUGCUGUUGUUAAAGUUCUCUUCUUCACUCACCAACCACCAAGCCACGACCUUCCAUUCUUGAAUCCCCUUCAGACCCAAUGGCUUCCACGUCCACCCAUUUCUCUCUUUUCCUUUCCACCAAACAACCAUCUCCAAUCCCCAAACCCUCUUUCUUCUCCCAUCCCAAAAACAAACACUUCAACUGCAACCCCAAGUGGGCUUGGGCCUCUCUUUCCGCCGCAUCCAAGUCAAGGAUACGCGCCGCUUCCUCUCAGGUCAUGGAUCCCUUCGUACCCAAAACCCAACCCACCAUCGUCGAAGUCGAUUUGGGCAAUCGGAGCUACCCCAUUUAUAUCGGAUCCGGGUUACUUCACCAACCACAGUUACUUCAGAGGCAUGUGCAUGGAAAGAGGGUCCUUGUUGUAACUAAUAAAACGGUUGCACCACUGUAUUUAGAUAAAGUUGUUGAGGCUUUAACAAGUGGAAACCCUAAUGUUUCUGUUGAGACUGUAAUUUUACCGGACGGUGAACAGUACAAGGACAUGGAUAAUCUUAUGAAAGUCUUUGAUAAGGCCAUUGAAUCGCGACUUGAUCGGCGGUGUACGUUUGUAGCUCUUGGAGGCGGUGUGAUUGGCGAUAUGUGUGGCUUUGCUGCCUCCGCGUUCCUGCGUGGUGUUGACUUUAUCCAGAUUCCAACCACUGUUAUGGCACAGGUUGAUUCUUCAGUUGGUGGCAAAACCGGGAUAAACCAUAGCCUUGGAAAGAACUUGAUCGGUGCUUUUUACCAACCUCAGUGUGUGCUUAUAGACACGGACACUUUAAGUACAUUACCGGAUAGGGAACUGGCAUCAGGGUUUGCAGAGGUUAUAAAGUAUGGGCUCAUUAGGGAUGCAAAGUUUUUUGAGUGGCAAGAGAAAAAUAUGCAGGCAUUACUGGCAAGAGAUCCUAGUGCACUAGCAUAUGCUAUAAAGCGAUCUUGUGAAAACAAGGCUGAGGUUGUGUCUUUAGAUGAGAAGGAAAGUGGACUGAGGGCAACAUUGAACUUGGGUCAUACAUUUGGUCAUGCAAUAGAAACUGGGUCUGGCUAUGGGCAGUGGCUUCAUGGAGAAGCUGUUGCAGCUGGCAUGGUAAUGGCAGUUGACAUGUCAUAUCGCCUAGGUUGGAUUGAUGAUUCUAUUGUGAAGCGAGUUCAAGACAUUUUAAAACAGGCUAAGUUACCUACAGCCCCCCCUGAGAUCAUGACAGUGGACAUGUUUAAAUCUAUCAUGGCGGUUGAUAAGAAGGUGGCAGAUGGAUUACUAAGGCUUAUCCUUCUAAAGGGUCCCCUAGGCAAUUGCGUUUUCACAGGGGAUUAUGACAGAAAGACCCUAGAUGAUACGCUGCGUGCAUUCUGUAAAUCCUGAUCUUUGGGCUUGAUGUUUCUGUUGCAGCUUUAUGCAAUUAUUUUUUAGUGAGUGCUUGAAUGUUGUGAUAACCUCAUGUAUUUUUCUAGUGCACUUUGAAUGCCAUCAAUGGCCCCCAUUAUAUACGCGAGUCAAUUACAAAGUUGUAUUAUUAGAAAUUGAGGCAUAUUCAAUAAUUAUUAUCCGAGCAGAUCAUAUUGUUCUCAUCAUUUUUCUUGCUCACAACAAUGCUGAAAUAACUCUCAUUCUUUUAAGUGGAGGGGGUAUGGUUAAAGUCAACAACCUAAACUUCGUAGCUGUGCAACAUAAAUCUCUUGUUCUGGUGUUAAAGUUGAAGAGAACUCGGUGGCAUGACGAUUGAUGAAUAAGAUGAUUCCUCUAAUUCUGGUGGUGUUCUUACGGAAGCCAACUGUUACAGUUGCAAGUACUGGAUGAAGUUAAGAAAUAGGCAGUUAUGAUUUUCAUACGGAUAUGUAAUGGGAUAAGCCCAAAAAUGUUUAUACCCGGAAAACAAAAAAGAUCAUGAUGUAUACAAGUGCAAAAUAUUAAAAGAGCAUGUGGAUGAUAAUUGAUUAUCAUUCUAUCUAGCCUGUGUAAAGUCAAUUUCCAACCUGAUGAAUAAACAAUGAAACGUAAAUCUAGUGCGU